AUCUGCAUUCCAGCCAGUAAGGUGGUUGCUUUUCCGGGCGCUGGGAGAACCGGCCCUGCGACUUCCUGAUAUCUGCCGGCCUCCAAAGCAGUACGGCGGAGGAGUCAACGAGGGUUAGUUGAUGGUGUUGGCCUCCCCACUGGAACCCAACAAGUUCUCUACAGUCACCGGCUACCGAUUGCCGGCGCAAGCCGGACUUUCCUUGGAGGACGCCCAGCUGCGGCACAAGCAUCUCCGCCGAAACAACGAGGGCCUGGUCACGGAUCAAGUUUUCGCUCUUUUUCAGGCUGCAGUUGGGCCCUGGGCUCUCGCAUCAAUAGUCAAUGAGCCUCUUAUACACAGACAUCAGCCCCCACCCAAGCCCGUCCGUCACUCCCACACCUAACGCCGCCAUGAGAGCCAAGAUGAGAUUGUUGCUGCUGGUCUUUGCAGCAGCUGUUUGUGUGUCCUACGCUCAAACCAGCAACAACAGCAACGACAACAGGCAGCAGCAGCAGCAGCAGCGCAGCAUCUGGGAUGAGGCCAUCAAAUUCACCACCAAGACCAAAGACUCAUGCACCAUGGUGGUGUCUGGAGCCGGGGACUAUACUCGCCUGCGUGUCUCCUGCAAAGGUCAGACCCCAGGACGCUCCUACUACUGCGACUUUCAGGGCAAACCCAACCUGUGCCGCGCCUACAACCUCAACCCUCGCCACUACUUCAUCCAGAUGAUGUGGAAUCUGAGGAAGCUGAGCCACGCCUGCCAGGGACCCAGAAUCUACCUCCCUCAGAUGUGCAAGAAGUACCCUGACGAGGCCCAGAUGACCUUCCUGGCCUCCUGGCCCAAGACCACCACCCCCAAGCCCUGCUUUUCUUUAAAAAAUUAGGACAUUUUUUUUUUCACAUUUCUAAGUGACCCCAAACUUUUGAACAGUACAAUACUACAACACUAUGAACAUAAUCUGUCACAAGUAAAAGUCUUGUAUUCAUAAGCAAAUAUAUAUAUAUAUAUAUAUAUAUAUAUAUAUAUAUAUAUAUAUACCUAGCACAUUAAAUUAAUCUAAUAGACAAGUACAUAAGUAGCAUGUUACUGUUUAAGCUUGGUGAGGUGGUGCUACUUUUAAUGACUUAACUUACCUUUAGGUAAAUUAAGUCAUUAGGUAGUCAUUAGGUAGUCCAGCUGUUCCCAACCUCAGGGUCAGGCUCCCUCUUAAAGGUCACGAUGAAUCUGAGGGGUUCUGACAUGAUUAACGGACCAGAGAAGAAGAAAAAACUAAGCUUGUUUCUCUAAGCUUUGUGAAUUACAGGGUCAUUUUACUUGUUUGCACCUUCAACACUAAAUAAAAGCUUCAGAGAAAUUUAA